AAAAUGGCGGCCGCUUGUCGGAGAGCGUUUUCUCUCACCAAACUUUUCCAGAGUUGUAGACCAGGCCAGGCUUUGAGCGCGAGGUUCGCCUCUGCUCGUCAAUGGCAGCAAGACAAGGAAGAACUGGAGCCUCUAAAGUUACCCGGGCCACUCGCCGAGUACACAGGAAACGUUCUCUACCCGAACGAAGAAUCAGAAAAAUGGGAUAUCGACGAACCGGUGCCCGAUAAACCCGUUCAGAACUUUACAGUCAACUUCGGUCCUCAACAUCCAGCCGCUCACGGCGUCCUACGACUCGUCGCCGAGCUUUCAGGCGAGGUGGUGCAGAGGUGUGACCCGCACAUCGGGCUCCUACAUCGCGGCACAGAGAAGCUAAUCGAGUAUAAGACAUACAUGCAGGCGCUUCCGUAUUUCGACCGACUCGAUUACGUCUCCAUGAUGUGCAACGAGCAAGCCUUCUCAUUGGCCGUCGAGCGGCUCCUCAAUAUCGACAUCCCAGUGAGAGCCAAGUUUAUCCGAGUUCUGUUUGCCGAGAUUACUCGACUGCUCAACCACAUCAUGGCAGUCACCACGCAUGCGCUCGAUGUUGGUGCGAUGACUCCAUUUUUCUGGAUGUUUGAAGAGAGAGAAAAGAUGAUGGAAUUCUAUGAGCGAGUGUCAGGAGCGAGGAUGCACGCUGCGUAUGUUAGACCGGGUGGAGUAGCUCAGGACCUUCCUUUGGGACUGAUGGAAGAUAUUUAUAAUUUUAUGAGGCCGUUUUCUGUACGAAUUGAUGAAGUUGAAGAGAUGCUGACUAAUAAUAGGAUAUGGAAGCAGAGGCUCGUUGAUAUUGGGAUUGUAACAGCAAAGGAGGCACUUGACUAUGGGUUUAGUGGAGUGAUGUUGCGCGGUUCCGGCAUUCAAUGGGAUCUAAGGAAAGUACAGCCUUACGAUGCAUAUGAUCAGGUUGAUUUUGAUGUUCCUAUUGGUCGCCAUGGUGACUGUUAUGAUAGGUAUUUGUGUCGUGUGGAGGAGAUGCGGCAGAGUUUACGAAUAAUACAUCAGUGUCUGAAUAAAAUGCCAGAAGGCGAAGUAAAGAUCGACGACGCAAAAAUCACUCCUCCCAGUCGAGCAGAAAUGAAGGACUCAAUGGAAGCUUUGAUUCAUCACUUCAAGCUUUUCACUGAGGGUGUCAAUGUGCCACCUGGUUCCACUUAUACAGUCAUAGAGGCACCAAAGGGCGAGUUUGGUGUCUUUCUAGUGUCCGAUGGCACGAGCCGGCCAUACAAAUGCAAGAUUCGAGCGCCGGGCUUCUUCCAUUUGGCCGGACUCAAUCACAUGGCAAGCGGUCACAUGCUCGCCGAUCUCGUGGCAAUUAUUGGCACGCAAGACAUUGUGUUUGGGGAGAUCGAUCGAUGAGUGUCAGAAUUGUAGUGUAGUCACCACCUUGUGUAGAUGGAUUGUUUCAUGUGUGUGUCUCUCUCUGUGUACAUACACACACACACACAGACUGUCUCUCUGAUCUGUUAGUAUGCAGAUCAGUAUGUAGCCUUGCCGUCAUUAAUAUCAACCUCGUUUAAUAAUCGAA